AUGGAUGAUAAUACGAAGCAGGCUUCGUCAUAUCAACAUGAUCAAGAGACUUUAGACGCCCGAGGCAUACGUAUGACUGUUUAUGAAGUGACCCGUCUUCCAACGUCUAAGUAUUUAGAGAAGGUGCAGUCCCUGAACCUGAGAGAAGAUGAUCUGAUGUUUUUAAAGGGUCUACGUCGUAGGAUCAGAAAUAGGCUCGCGUCCCAGAACAGCAGACGACGUAGCGUAGAGAACCUAAGGCGGCUUACACGAGAACUCCGCGCCGUCAGAGCGUGUAGAGAUGACGCCUUAGCUGAACGACGCGUCCUGCUAGCCACGAGGACAGUACUCCGUACAAGAUAUACAUCACUGAGGACGCAUAUAAUGACGGUCCUAGAGGAGCGUUCAGAUCCCACCAAGGUGCCAGAAUUAGAACCGGAAAUAGUCAUAGAAUCUCCUCGAACCGACAUCUUUCCAUGUCUCAAAUCACAAAUAUUUGAAUGUCGAAUCGAUAAACUUGUACAACAAAGUGUUAAUCAUAUUUACAAAGAGAAAAGCAUUGAAACAAAUAGUGAUGAAAACAAAUUAGAAAAACCAAAUAUUGGUAAUUGUAAAUUAAAUAAUGAUAAUAUUAAGAGAGAAUUUGACAAUUUCAAAUCAAAUAAUGAUAAUUCUACAUGGGAUAAUGAUCAUCACAAAGUAGAUAAACCAAAAAAUGACAGUAAUAAACGGGAAAAUGAUAAUUUCAAAUCAUGUAACGACUGUGUAUUAGAUGUAUCUAAUGAUAAUUGGGAGAAUGAUUUGAAAAUGGAUACUGAUAUAUGCGAGCAGAACAUAUACGAUGAAAAUGAAAUAUACACUAUGGAGAAGCACGAUAAUAGUUUUAAACUGUACAAAACGGAUAUGUAUAUGAUGGAGAAACGAGAAAACGCGGGGGAGAGUGAAGCUUUCAAGCCGAAACAGAUGGUGUGUGCUAAAACGGUGUUUAUAGACGGUGUUCUCAAUUUGUCUAAGAGGAAAAGUCAUGGAAGAAAGCAGCUGGCACCGAGACGGAUUGCCUAUGUAUUCAGCGAGCCUGAUAAUGAUGGAGUUUUAGACCUGAAAAUAAAGAAAGAGCCACAAUGA